GUACACUGACCUUUUAGUGGUCGCGAACUAGCGGUCGCCAAAUUCAGCUCAGCGCUAUUUCAGUUCAAGAACUCUGAUUCCUGAUCGCUGUCUCCGCUCGAUAGAAAGCUGAAAAUAAUCCUAUAAUGGAAACGAUAGUGGAGGAGAUUGUAGCAGUGGAAGUUUUAAAGAAACAUGAGCAACUGUACAAUGCUGAGCUUGCCCAGGGGAGGGUGACAGUCGGGACUCAGUUCCAGUAUGCCUGGUGCCUGGUGAGAAGCCGUUAUAGAGAUGACAUGAGGAGAGGGGUAGUACUACUAGAGGAACUGCUACAUGGUGGAAGCCCUCAGGUCCAACGGGAUUGUCUCUUCUAUCUAGCCAUAGGAUACUACAGACUCAAGGACUAUACAAAAUCCCUGAAGUAUGUUCAAGGCCUUCUCCAAAUAGAGCCAAACAACAGACAAGGAGCAGAGCUUGAACGGUUGAUAAAGAAAAAGAUGAAAUCAGAUGGACUUCUUGGAAUGGCAAUAGUAGGUGGAGCUGCAGUAGCCUUGGCAGGUCUAGUUGGAGCUGGAAUUGCCCUGGCAAAGAAAUAGAACUUGCUCAGGUCACAUACCAUCUUUAAAACAAAAGACAUUUUGUUAAUCAUCUCUUGUGAACUGCGGUCCUGAUGCAAAUGUAUGGAACAUAUUACGAAGGUUAGAAGACGUUUUCGAUGGAAGGAAAAACAAAAUGCUUGUCUGGAUUGCAUCAUGCACAACUUGCAUUUGUUGUUGAGCCAUGUUCAGACUAGAGAUCACGUUUCAUGUACAUGUUAGCCCAACUCAUCAUGCCAUUGGAGUUAAUCAUUUGUCUCCUCAUUCCAACCUACAUGUUUUUAGGUGAGUGGGACUGCAGUAUCAGCAUUGUAUGGCUUCGUGAACAAAAUCAGUGUUAGUACAUGUGGAUCAGGAUGUCGAAGAAAAUAUGUCAUAUGUCAGGCAUUUCGGUUGAAAAUUAUUCUGAUUUCACAAAUCGCUCCAAAAAAUUAACUUGAAUAAAAAGCUUUGUUUCUGUUAUUGUAAAAUUGAUGACGAGUGCUUCCAUGAUAAAGAAAAAGGCAC